AUGACUGGGGGGAAGAGGACCCGAGCGGAGGAAGAUUUGGGGGAAAGGAAGUCCGGGGCCCCGCCCCCUCUGAUCUCGGGGGCCUUUCCCCCCAGCCCCCCAGCUGCUUCGGGAGCCGUAAAGCCUCCUCCGGUCGCGACGCCGCGCUCCAGACGCCUGCGCGGAUUCGGAGUGGCGCCAGGGGGUCCCACUUUGCGUUCUGCGCCGCGCGCUGAAGACGCUAGUCUACCCCGGUGCUCUGCCGCUGGUGCAGGUCUGCGGACCGACGGGGAGCCAGACGCCGGGCCCCUGGAGAUGAUCGAGCCGCGCACGCUGCAGUGCAAGCUACUGGAACCAGUUCUGCCUCUGGGCAAGGAGCGGUUUGCUGGCGUGGAUAUCCGUGUCCGGGUGAAGGGUGGUGGUCCCGUGGCCCAGAUUUAUGCUAUCCGUCAGUCCGUCUCCAAAGCCCUUGUGGCCUAUUACCAGAAAUAUAUGGAUGAGGCUUUCAAGAAGGUGAUCAAAGACAUCCUUAUUCAGUACGACCAGACAUUGCUGGUAACUGACCCCCCAACACCUCGAAUCUAAAAAGUUGGAAGUUCUGGUGCCUGUGAUCCCUACCGGAAAUCACAAGGAACAAGGUUUAUCUAAUAUAAUAAACAUUGUGAGAUUUUAAGGUUUCAA